AUGGACAACCAGCAACCGAUUCAGCUACCUGAAAGUCGUCCCAAUAAGAGGAUAUACCAAUGUAAAUUCUGCAACAAAGCAUUUGCCAAGCCGAGUGCCCUACAACCUCACAUUUACACGCACACAGGGGAAAGACCCUACGCGUGCCACAUACCAGGAUGCAAUCGCCGAUUUUCUGUGGUUAGUAAUCUACGCCGCCAUUUCAAAGUUCAUGGUCGGAAAGCUGCAGCAACAGCCGCCUCAAACGCAAGUGCAUGUCUUCGUCCUUUGGCUUGUUCUCCACCUACAACAACAUCCAUGCAUCAUCAACGACAGCAGCAAAAGCAACGACAAUUAUCAUCAUCAUCAUCUACAACAAACAAUGUCAAAUCAUUGUCUCCUUCUUUAUCCGUCAGUAACAGCUUUGAAAGCUGGUCCUUCAUCGAUCCGCAGCCGUUGGAUACGAGCCAUUUGCAGCUUCAGCAGUCAUAUGGAAACUUGCAAACGUCAAUAUCAACAUCUUCAUCAUCGAUACAAACACCACCAGCAACGUCUGCUGUAAUUAUGGAUCGUGCAUUCAUGCCGCCAUCAUCAACUCUAUUUGAUGUAUCCAUCAUGGAUUAUGAUCCUGCAUCUAUUUCAACUUCAGCACCAUCACAAACGCAUUCCUUGUACCCGGGUUUUGAUUCAUGGCUUUCGAUGCCUUUAAUGGCCAACCUUACACAACCAUCUACAGCCACUCUUGGUUGGUACGAAUGA